GAGCGAUAAUCCUUCAAAGCUCUCCUGACGAGCUGUGGUUUUCCCUUCAUUUGUACACGCGCAGGUGUAAACUCUUGCUGAAGAAGCAAGACAAGUUUUCACUGAGUUCGCCGGUGAGUAGCCGCACUUGACCCCGCACCACUGAAGCAAUGGCAGGCAAAAUCACGAGUGAUGAGGGGUACGGAAGCUCCGCGGACUCAGUCUGCGAAAAGACCCUUUCUUUGAGCAGCAGCACCUCGUCCAUAUCCAUGAAUCAAAUACUGCCCGUUACCAAGGUUCCAGCCUUGGACACGAUCGAUCCAUACGUUGUCAACAGAUCCGCCGACUUGGCGGUAGCCAGAAGUCUCCCGGUCCAGCUAUUUUACAGUGCGGAAAUUCAGAACCUCGCCGAUGACAUCGUCAAGGGCUACGCGCGUUUCAUAUCUAGCUUCACCGGACUCGAGGAUGUUGCUUUCUUCAUAUCCCGCCACUCGCCCUUCGUGUCAGGCACACAACAAGCGUGCGGAGUCAUUUGCGCCUCCGUGUUCGGCUCCGAUGGUGCUGAGCAGCAGACGAGCCAAGAACAUUGCAAAGUGCGCGAAGCAGAUGCAUGCUACUACGACAAGGAUGAAGUCCAGUUUUCGUUGACCCUAGGAUUGACUGUCGGACCUGAAAAUGGCCAGCUACAACCUAGCGUCCAAGAAAAUGUAUUUGGCUUGCAUGUUAGAUCUACUCCAAAUGACGGUGUUCUACAAGUCCAUUUCACCUAUCCGACGCAACUCAUUCCGGAUAUGGCAAUCUCCCAACUGUCGACAACACUCGCCUCAUACUUAGCCGACUCGUCUACAUUCCUUAGUCUCGAGAUAUCGCCUCCGGAGCUUUCGAUCAUUAAUUUCCCUCCACUAAUGGUACCCCCAUCCCGGAAUACUGAACCGAAUGAGGCCAUUGCAGCCGAGAGCUCUAGGCCAUCCCUUCUCCACGCUGCUUUUGAGGGCUGGGCCCUCAGAAAGCCUAAUACCAUAGCACUUGAUUUCGUACAUUCUUUAUCAUCUGCGGAAAUACCCGCAGAGCACAGUAUUUUAACUUACGCCGCUCUUAAUACUGCAGCCUCGAACUUGGCUACACAUAUCAGAACUCUUUUGUCCAGUCAAGAUGACUCGGCCAACCAUGGGCGCAUAAUCCCUGUAUAUAUGUCGACGUCCCCUGAACUUUAUAUUUCCUAUCUCGGUGUCCUAAAGGCUGGCUGCGCGUUUUCACCGAUCCCUCAGGAUGCCCCCGCACAGCGAGUCCAGGAGAUUCUCCAGGACAUUGGCUCUCCCAUUAUCCUAGGCAAUACACCAGAGCCGUCCUCUGUGCCGUGGCGUACGGUGGCCACAGACUCUGCAAUAACCACCCAUACAUGGGUUGACGUCGCGGCAGUGUCCAAGUGGAAAGAGCUGCGAGGGGACCAGGCCCCCUCAACAGCUAUAUCGGAGCCUCUUGAACAACUGGAUAUCAAUGAAAGCCAAACUGCUUAUCUUCUGUUCACAAGUGGCUCAACUGGAAAGCCUAAGGGCGUUCAGGUAAGCCAUCUGGCGGUUACCUGCUCCAUCGAGUCCCAUGCUACAGCUAUCCCGCUCCCUGGCGACUCCAUUGGGGACUUCCGUUGGUUCCAGUUCGCGUCUCCCACAUUCGAUCCAUCGCUCAUGGAAAUAUUUGUAACAUUGAGCAGGGGCGCUACUCUUUGUUCUGCUUAUCGCAGUUUGACAUUGACAGACUUGGAAGCGACCAUCAAUGAAGCUAGAGCAACUGUGAUGAUGGCCACUCCCAGCUUGGCUGCACUUCUGCGGCCGUCACGCCUGACAACUCUCCAGUCUCUCUGGACCAUGGGUGAAAAGUUGAAUCGAACAGUCAUUGAGAAUUUUGCUUGCAAAUCGGAAACCAAUGGGCAAGACGACACUUCAGGGCCUUCGACUAUGUUGGUUAAUGCAUAUGGUCCCACCGAAGGUGCAAUUAACUGCACCUUCCUUGCCCCAGUCGACCGUUUUACUCGUGGUUCAAUCAUUGGUAAAGCGCUGCCCACAAGUGCAAUGUUUAUUUUGGAUCCGAAUACGCAUGUACCCAAGCCGGUACCGUCCGGGCUCGCUGGAGAGCUAGCGCUAGGAGGACCGCAAGUCAGCAAAGGCUAUUUGAACCGUCCGAAAGAAACUGCAAAGUCCUUCGUACAUAGUCCCGACUUCGGUUAUGUCUACCGCACUGGUGACAUGGCACGCAUUGUUUGGGACGAAACAGGCUCCCAGGUUAUCGAGUUCCUUGGUCGUAUUACCUCUGAUCAGGUAAAGCUCAGUGGUCGCCGCGUGGAACUUGGUGAGAUAGAGUCUGUCCUUUCCACUGUGAGCGGUAUCACCGAGGUUGUGGCCGUGGUGUCAAAGAGGGACAUGAAUGUGCAGGGCAGCGAACAGAUCUUUGCAUGCUUGGUAGCCGAUACUGCGACCAAAGUAGAAAAACACGAAAUUGUGCGAACCGCACAACAGUCAACACAGCUGCAUCUAGCAUCGUACAUGUGCCCAUCGGCAUACGCAUUCUUUGCUUCUCUACCUAGAUCUAGCUCUGGGAAGGUCGACCGCAAAGCCAUAUCUGCCAAGCUCCAGCAGGGUAGUGUGGAACUAUUCACUACCCAGAAACCGAAGCCUGAAACGUCCGUUGAUGCGCAAGAUAGCUGGGAGACUUCAGAUGAACACACACAACAAGUACAACAACUUGUGGUUGGCCUUGUUGCAGAAACAUCCGAUGAAGACGUCACCGCAAUCAAGCCCGGGGCAGAUCUUUACUCACUAGGUAUUGACAGUCUCGGUGCGAUGCGGCUCCUGCAGAAGUUGCGAGACAAUUCCAUUGAAGGCUUGUCUGUAGGGGAUGUGCUGCGAGCUGAAACACCCAAGGGGCUGGUGUCAAUCAUUGCGAAACUUCACUCAACGUCGGACAGUGUUGACUCGAACGGCGCUUUUCUAGCCAAGAACUCCGCUGAGCAGUUAGGCCAAAGGCUUGCAUCGUUCAGUAGCAGAAAUCACUCUGUAUGUGCGGAGAGGCUCAAUCUAAACCCAGACCAGAUCCAGAAAGUCUUACCAACAACGGCCACUCAAUCUGGUAUGUUGACCAGUUUUCUGCGCAGCUCGGCGGAUAAGUCAUUCCAUACUCGCUCAUACAUCUAUCACUCCGUCCUUCCCCUUGAGGCUACAGUCGACCUUGACCGUGUACGGAACGCGUGGGACAUCGUUACCGCGAAUUAUGACUCCUUCCGGACUGUCUUCUGCUGGCUCGACGACGACAUGGCCCCAUUCGCACAAUGUAUCCUAGCUACUGAUGCAGUUCCACAGCCAAAGUGGAAUGUGUACAACGCCUCUGAAGGCAAUUCAGAGAAGGAAACUCUAAGUCAAGCUCUACGAGCCGCAGAGGAGACAAUUGGCUUGAGCUCGCCUCCAUGGAAGUUGUCGCUAAUCACAACCCCUCAAAAGACACUCAUAAUCUUGAGCAUGUUUCACGGAAUCUUUGAUGGUGGCUCAUUGCAACUACUUCUUGAGGACGUGUCUUUGGUUUACGGUAACAAGGUCAUGGCUAACAGAACAUCAUUGGAACAUAUUGUACAACAUCACUUUGGCGCUGACCAUACAGCAACUUCUGACUUCUGGAACAAACACUUAGAGUACUACUCGCCGAUUUCCUUUCCUUCUGUCACGCCUUAUCGGGCUCCUUCAGUGAAAGCGGCUGAUUGCGUGGAAAUCACCGCACACAUCAGCUACGACAGGUUGAAAAAGCAGUCUAAAACUAUCGGCGCGACCCCACUCUCAGUACUGCAGGCAGCUUGGGGCUCUGUACUCUUGGCCUACACUGGAACCCCGGACCAAGAUGUUGUGAUGGGCAGCGUAGUGUCUGGGCGAUUGGAUCCCGACUCCGAAAUAUGUAUCGGCCCAACAUUUACCACAGUCCCCGUACGACUCGCUAUGAACCUAAUCCCACAGGAUGCCACUGGUACUCGGACAAAUAGAUCCGUUGCCCGCUACCUGUCAUCCUUCAAUGCCAAAACUUUAUCUCACCUACAACCGCGCUUGGGGUCCCUGGUCACAGGAGAUGGUCGGUUGCCAUAUGACACUCUCCUGGCAUAUCAGGACUUCAGUGCUGGAUCGAGUACCAGUGGACUCUGGAGUUCAAUAGACCACCCACCAAUGGGGAAUGACUUUGCAGUAAUGAUUGAAGUUUGGCCUGGAGCCAAUUCAUCUUUGACCUUCCGUGCCAGUUUCAAUCAUGCUCUGCUUGACUCUGAAUCGGCUGAGGUCAUGCUGAGACAAAUGGCUGACAUCGUGGCAUUCAUACUUGAAACGCCAGAAGGAAACUUUCUCGAUGCUCCAUCCCAGACCCAGGCCGAGCUGAAGUCAACUUUCAAUCCAACAUCAAAUGUUGUUCCAGAGGUGUCAGAGGGCGCACUAAUCCACACUCGAUUUGAAGAACAUGCAGAGUCGCACCCAGAGGAUACAGCAUUAAUAUUCAAGGGCGAUUUGGAUGACGACAGCAACCCCCGUAAUGUAUCGUGGACCUAUGGAGAGCUCAACGCCAUAGCCGAUGACCUUGCUGAGAGUCUGCUUCAAGUGACCGGUUCGCUAAUAGAUACUCCUGUUCCCAUAUGUAUUGAGAAAAGCCCAGCCUUGUAUGUGGCGAUUCUGGGAAUUCUAAAAGCAGGUGGUGCCUGGUGUCCGAUUGACACCCUUUCUCCUGCUCAGCGUCGCCAUGACUUGAUUGCUCGGACAGGCGCCAAGGUUCUUCUCGUGUCUAGUACUGAUGGUGAUCAACCCGAAGGCUCCAUUCCAGCUGGGGUCGAUAUUAUCGAUGUCAGCCGAUUCACUGCAAAUUCUUUCGAGUGGAACGGCGUGGGAAGACCCAGUACUAGACAAAGGACAAGCCCCGAUGAUAUGGCGUAUCUCAUCUGGACCAGUGGCACAACAGGUGCACCCAAGGGUGUUCCUAUCAGACAUUCUGCCGCUGUCUCUUGUAUGAAAUCUCUCGCCAAGGAUAUUCCCACUGAUGUACAGGGUGGUGUCGUUCGCUGCAUGCAGUUCUCACAGUAUACCUUCGAUGUGUCAAUCCAAGAUAUCUUCUAUACCUGGAGCCUAGGAGGAGUUCUCAUCUCCGCUACGAGAGAGAUAAUGUUGGGCUCGUUCUCCAAACUCGCGAACAUCACCAAGGCUACUCAUGCGCAUCUCACUCCGGCGUUUUCAGCAGGUGUUCCUAGGAAGAGCUGUGAAACGCUUGAGGUAAUUACCAUGAUCGGCGAGAAGCUGACCCAGCCGGUCGCUGAUGACUGGGGCACUGAUAUGCGCGCCUUCAACACGUACGGUCCUGCCGAAGUAACCAUUGUGUCCACAAUCAGGGAGUUCGGCAAUGAGCACAAGAACAUCAAAAGCGCAAACAUUGGCUGGCCCAUGGAUACUGUGUCUGUUUUCGUGACAAAGAAUCAGCGAAUGGUAAUGAAGAACGCAGUUGGUGAGUUAGCAUUGGGUGGGCCCCAGCUUUCCCCUGGCUAUUUGAACCAAGAGGAUGUCACCAAAGCGAAGUACGUUUGGAAUGAGGAAGCCUCGCAGAUACUGUAUUACACCGGUGACUUGGUGCGCAUGCUUGCCGAUGGCUCUCUUGAGUAUCUCAACCGUGUCGAUGACCUGGUCAAGCUCGGUGGUAUUAGAGUUGAGCUCAGUGAAAUCAGUUUCUCCCUUGACGGCUGUCAUCCUUCUGUUGAGAAUAUUGAGACGCUCAUCCUCAGUCGUUCCGACAGACCCACCAAGGUGGUGGUUGCCUUCCUUUCUGCGCCUGCGGCUGCAUCUGCCGAAGAUGACCAGUUGUUGAUACUCAAUAGUACGGCACUUGAGAUAGCUCGUUCUGCCAGUGAUAAAGCCCACUCAGUUCUUCCUGAUCAUAUGAUCCCGUCUGUGUACUUGGUUGUGAAAAACAUUCCAAGAACGCCAUCCGCCAAGACUGACCGUCGGGCUCUGCAAGCUGCAUAUGAAGCUAUUGACAUCGACAGUUGGGAUGGCCAACUAAACCCUGAAAAUGUGGAUUCCGCCAAACAGCCAGAAAAUGAAGCAGACGCCGCUGCAGCUUCAAAGAUAAUCGAUAUGAUCGCAUCACUGGCCAACAUCUCGUCCUCAAUUAUUACCAAAGUCAGUAGACUUGGAAGUCUAGGUGUCGAUUCAAUUCGCGCCAUCCGCCUUGCGUCCAGGCUCAGAGAAGCUGGCUACCAACUGUCUGUUGUCGAAGUACUGAACUGUGUCACCGUACAAGAUUUGGUGAAGUUAGCCUCUUCCUCUACCAAAACUGCCAAUGCCGCGUCGGAUACAUUUGACCUGGAGAGGUUUAACGUGACAUGGCAUGUCUUGGCCGCUAAAAGGAUACAAGAAGAGUUCUUCACGGUACGCGCUACUACAAUUCAGGAAAGCUUGCUCAGUGAGACAAUGGGCACAUAUGACAUGUACUGGAGUAAUCAUUUCUUCUCGCUUGACCCCUCAGUGUCGCUUGACAGACUAAAGCAGGCUUGGCUUGCAGUUUGCCAAAGGACGGAGGCACUAAGAACAGGUUUUAUUCCCGUGGCUGAGGUGGCUAGCACUUGUCAUGAUAAUUUCGACUUUUCUAUCCUGCAGCUAAUCUAUAAGUUGCCGUCCUUGGAUUGGGAAGAACACAAGUGUACUGAAGAUGACUGGGUGGCGCUGCGUGACCAUCGAAUUAAGACGAUUAUGACAAAGCAUCAAAGCAAUUAUUUCAGCUACCCACCGUGGGCUGUUACUGUUUUCGACAAGGGUAAUGAAAGACUCAUGGUUCUUACGAUACACCAUUCCAUCCACGAUGGCCCUUCGCUCAGUUUAAUUAUGGAUGAUGUGCAAUCUGCUUACAUGUACAAGCCACCCUCGAGGCAUCAGCUUAGCAAUGCGCUUUCCAUCGUUCUUCCGAAUGAAGUGAAGAGCGCAGAGACCCACAACUUUUGGCAGUCCGAGUUAGAGAGGUUUUCAGAGCUGGACACCCCAGUAUGGCCUGACCUCACUGGCAAAAAGGUAGAGCCUGGUGUUGAACAAGAGUUCAAGCUCAUUGCAGAGGAAGUUCCAUUGACGGAAAAGGUUGCGGCCCUUCAAUCGGCUGCAGGACAGCUCGGAGUGUCAUCUAUUGCCUCAAUCGUACGAGCAGCAUGGGGCUAUGUCUCACUUUGCUAUCUCGGGAUCCCAGCAACUGUUUUCGCUGAAACUCUCUCCGACCGUGUGUUGCACCCAGAUCUUGAAGAUGGAAUUGGCCCAUUGAUCUCCGUUGUUCCCAUACCUUUCCACCCACAGGGAAGCGCGCGUGAAUUUCUCGCAGAGCAACACCGGAUCUCCGUACAGUCUUGGAAGCAUCGUCAUAUUCACGCCCGUCACGUGCGAAGGAUGCUGAACCGGCCCAGAGGAGAGGCAUUAUACCCAGCUGUUUUCAACUUCCAUGUGGCAAGUGAAUCCAAGGGUACUGCCCAAUCUCAAAUCUGGCAGGAGCUUCAAGACCAAAUUGGUUUGCACGUGGAACAUCCAAUGGCUUUCAAUGUCUUUCAACAUGUAGACGGUGCUCUUGUCUUGGAAGCGUCUUCGGAUAGCCGCGUGAUGAGCCGAGAGCAGCUGUCGCUUUUUGUUCGUCAGGUCGACGGUUUGGUCACUGCUAUGUUGGCGUUUCCCGACAAACAAUUAGCAGACCUUGUGCACCACCUUCCAACAUCCUUGAAAUCUAUCUCCAAUAGACCUGUUCCUGAGUCUGUUCGGGAUUCAGUCCACACUAGCCCAACAUAUUGGUUGGAGAAGAAUGCCCGCGAGCAUCCGGAGUGGACAGCUGUUGAAGUCGCAAGUGACAUAACUCCAGAGGGAAUUGUGAAGGAAGCGUGGACCUACGAGACGCUCAACUCAAAGGCGAACCGUGUGGCAGCCUACAUUGCCUCCCAAGGGCACAAGAACAGAAUGAUCGGCGUUUGCUGCGGACGAAACCUUCCUUCAUACCCAAUAAUCGUUGGUAUUUUCAAGUCUGGAAAUGGCUAUCUUCCGAUAGAUGAAGGCCUUCCAGAUGAACGGAAAGCAUUCUUGACCGAGGAUGCUGAUUGCCCCAUUGUCUUCACCGAGACUCAAUUCUCGCAGUCAUUCUCCCGAGUACCUGAAGGAUGUCGUGUCAUUUGCGUCGAUGACUCUGGUUUCCAAGAACUGGUGGAAACAAUGCCGGCUGAGGACCGGGAUUACCAGUCUCAUCCAGACGAUGUCGCCUAUCUUCUUUUUACAUCCGGUUCGACUGGUAAGCCCAAAGGUGUCAUGGUCACAAGGGGCAAUCUUUCAUCGUUUAUCGAGUCAUUCAGAGAGUUCUGCAUCAAAGCAGCUCCUGGUACAUUGACUCUGGGCGGCACUGGCAAGUAUCUCGCACAAGCCAGUAGAGCCUUUGAUCCUCAUCUUCUGGAAAUGUUCUUCCCUUGGCGCCAAGGAAUGACAACGGCGACUGCGCCUAGAGCUAUGAUCUUGAAUGACAUAAAGACAACACUUUCAAAAUGGGAGAUCACGCAUGCAAGCUUCGUGCCGUCGAUGGUGGAUCAAUCAGAUACACAGCCAGGGGACUGUCCCAAGCUACAACACAUGACCGUCGGCGGCGAGAAAAUAUCCAAGAAAGUAUUGGAUACUUGGGCCGAUUCGCACAUUGCGCUUGUAAAUGCAUAUGGUCCGACCGAGGUGACAAUUGGUUGUACUUUCGCUCACGUUCGGAAGCAGACAAACAUGCGGAACAUUGGACCACCGUUGACUGCCUGUGCCUGUCAUGUCAUGAUCCCCGGUACAGACAAUUAUGCUCUCCGAGGUCAAACUGGAGAGCUGGUCUUUAGCGGAGAUCUUGUUGGAAAAGGGUACCUUAACAGGCCUGAUGCCACUGGAUUUGUGACGGGACCUAAUGGCGAGAAAAUGUACCGAACUGGUGAUAUAGGUCGCCUGAUGCCAGAUGAUUCGGUGGAGUACCUUGGGCGUGGUGACGAUCAAACCAAGAUCCGGGGGCAAAGGUUGGAGCUCGGAGAGGUGUCUGAAGUGCUGCGUUCAUCCUCGGCCGUCCCCAUUACUGUUGUCACGACUGUUGUCAAACAUCCAGGCCUCGCUAGAGCACAGCUUAUCUCUUUCAUCACACGGUCAGAUGCUUGUCGUCACCAGUCAGAUGAGAGCGUAACCUUUGUCCAGUCUGAUUUCGCAACCUUGGGCAAGGAACUCCAGGUUACCCUCAAAAAGAAGCUGCCAGCAUAUAUGGUUCCUGAGCUUAUCCUCCCCAUAACGUAUAUCCCGAAGGCACCGAUGUCAGGGAAAGCAAAUCUCAAAGAACUGCAUGCUCUAUUCACGAGCUUACCGCUCGCGACUGUUCUCCAGGGAAACAAUGCGAUCAAUAAAGAUGGCAGUGCGGUCAGUCGACCUCUAACCGCUGAUGAGGAGGCUGUGGCGGAGGAGGUCUGUACCGUUAUAUCUACAGACCCUUCCAACAUUGGUCCAAUGACAAAUAUCUUUGAGAUAGGCCUGGACAGUCUGAGCGCCAUAGGUCUCUCUAUCAAACUCAGAAAGAUCGGAUACCAAGCCACAGUAGCUCUUGUCAUGAGCAAUCCAGUUAUUGAACAGCUUGCACGUCUGCCAAGAAAUACCUCCUCGUCGAAUGAACAAGAUCCGUUAUCGAAUACACGCCGGAGGCUUCUUGACAUAGAAUCACAAUACAGAGAAAGCUCCCCUGCUGGAGUCGACCUGUCUCAAAUUGCUUCUGUGCGUCCUUGUUUGCCCCUUCAAGAGGGCUUAGUAGCCCGCUCCAUCAAUAGCGAUGGUGGCCAGCUCUAUGUCAACCAUGUUAUUCUUCAACUUGGAAAGGUCAAUAUUGCUCAGUUGAAGUCAGCGUGGCAAACAGUGGUCAAUGAUAAUGAGAUCUUGAGAACUGCUUUUGCUCCGUUGGAUAGGGAAAUGGUCCAGGUAGUCUUCUCUCCUGACUCAAAUCAGCUUCGCUGGACCGAAGGAGAAUAUGACAACCUCGAGGAAUCGAUCGAGAGGUCCAAAUUGCAACAGGAGGAAGUCACUCGAGACAUCAUUUCAAACAUCUCCAGUACACCUCCUGUACGAUUCCAUAUUGCAAAGCGCUCUGAAACCAAGGAGCCGCUCGCUCUCUUCAUCUCCCUCCACCAUGCUCUCUAUGAUGGGGAGUCUUUGUCAAUGUUGAUGGAUGAUGUUACUGCUCAAUAUGCAGAGCACCCAGUUCCAGAGAGAGGCUUACCGUGCGCGUUCAUUGAGCAUAUUUAUGGUCAAGACUUAGAAAAGGCAAAGAAACACUGGACUGAGUAUCUGGCCGGUUGCCACCCAACAGUCUUCCGCGAAGAUCCUAGUGUCAUGGAACUUCCAACUUCUGCGCACAAAGAACUUGGUAACAAACUGUCAGCCUUGGAGCGCCGAUCAGCUAGUCUCCAAACAACGGUCCCCUCCUUGAUACAGGCGAUAUUUGCACUUCUGUUGGCCGAUACAGUAGGCGCCUCGGAUAUAACGUACGGACUUGUGCUCUCUGGUCGCGCUGUAUCUGUGCCAGGAGCAGAUUCAGUCCUUCUUCCCUGCAUUACUACAAUUCCCAGUCGUCUUGACACGAACGGGUUGGAUACAGUUACAGAUGUAAUUGAAGCUGUCCAAAGAUCGACUGUUAGGUCGCUUGAUUACCAGCAUACUUCCUUGAGACACAUACAGCGCUGGAUAAACUCCGAAACCCCUCUCUUUGACUGCCUCUUCUCCUACAUCAGGGCCACUGAGCCAGAAAGAUACAGUCUCUGGAAGGAGCUUGACAGCCACAUGCCUGCUGAAUAUCCACUUGCAGUUGAAGUCGAGGCAAACCAUGCUACUGACACGAUCAAUCUAAAUUGCCUCUUUUCCCCGGCAUUCGGCUCUCUGUAUAAUGGAGAGGAGUUCCUCGAAAAGAUGGAUGCUGUACUCGCAAGUGUGGCAUCAGGCGAAAGCGUCUCUUUGGAUAGUUUCAACCUUCUCCGAAUGGAAGAUUCUGGCUCACGUUCAUCUGCUAUCCAAUGGGAUGAGACCACAUGGUCCAAUACAGAAACUGAGAUUCGAGGGCUCAUUGCUUCUUUCUGUGGCUUGAGUCUGGCAGAUGUCACCAAGGGAGCUUCAUUCUUGAGUUUGGGGAUUGACUCUGUUACAGCCAUCCAAUUCGCACGCAAGCUACGUGAAUCAGGCCUUAAUGCUUCUUCAUCUGACGUCAUGCGCUUCUCAUGCGUAGGUGCGUUAGCUAAACACGUCGAGCAAUCUUCUCUUCCUCAGCCCACAACCAACGGAGAACAUGUCAGCGAGACAGCGAAUAUUCCUCUCGAUGUCUAUCAGAAGCAUGUCCGUCUCCUAAGUUAUAAUGAUUCCGUCGAGGCUAUGUUUGAAUGUACACCUCUACAGGCUGGCAUGAUCACACAAACCCUAGCCUCUUCCAGGCAGGUUUACGUUAAUCCUCAUCCUAUCCGCCUUAACAACUCCGUGGAUAUUGGUAGAUUGCGUGAUGCGGUCCAAAAAAUAAUCAAGAGAAAUGAUAUCCUGCGUACUUCAUUCCAUCUGAUAGGGGAGCUUGGCUCUUCCUGGAUCGGUGCUGUGCACGCACAUCCCCCUCUUGAAUGGCAAGAGCUGAGUUUGCCAUCUGGCUGUGACGUCCUCGCCAAGGUCAAUGCACUCUUCUCCUUUGAGGAGGAGUCUUCUUUUGAGGUUCCGCCAAUCCGCUCUGUUUUGGUCAACCAGCCUGAGGGAAUGCUUUUGAUCAUUGUCAUGCACCAUUCUCUAUACGAUGGUGCUUCCUUGCCAUUUUUCUUUGAGGACCUCGCCAUUACGUACAAUGGUGAGGCUCCGUCAGAGAGACCCCAAUUCUCAGAAACAGUCAAAUAUGUAACGAACGGACAAGGUGAGGCCUGCGACUUUUGGGCCCGUAAGCUGUCCGGGUAUGAAGCGGUGGAGCUCCCUCAGCUGCAGUCCCCUGAAUCUUUGGAUCGCAUGUUCCUCUCAGAAAAUCAUGUUGAUCUUAACUUGCCGCUAAUAAUUGACGCUUGCAAAAAGAUGGAAGUCACUGUACAAAGCGUGGCUAUCCUAGCAUACGCCAAGGCCCUCGCACGUCUUGUUGGAAAGCGCGAUAUUGCAUUUGGACAAGUUCUUGCAGGUCGGUCAGUGCCAGGAACCGAACGUACUUUUGGACCGCUGUUCAACACUGUAGCUCAAAGAGUAACCUUUGAGCCGAAAUUCCUGAGCAAUAGGGCUAUGGCAUUGCGGCUGCAACAACUCACUACUGAAGCACAAGAAUAUCAGCACGCGCCUCUGAGAGUUGUACAAAACUCGUUGAGAAAGGCUGAUGCGCUGAAAGCUACUUCUCUCUUCGAUACGCUCUUCGUCUUCCAGAAGAGCGCAGACUUUGCAGGUAGCAUCCUUGAGGAGCAAGAGAUUUGGAAGCCGUACGAAACAGAUGACUAUGCUGCUCAAGCCGAGUAUAAGCUGAACGUGGAAGUUGACCAUGGCCAAGACAGAAUUGCAGUCAGCGCCAACUGCAACGGGCAAUAUAUGUCCCAAAUGGCUCUCGAUAGCUUCAUCAAUGAUUUCACAGCCGCCUUCAAAGAUAUUAUCCAGCACCCAACGAGAUGCGUCACAAUCGUACCUGAGCAUCUCGGAGAGCUACCGCUCAGAUUAUUACUGGAAACACCUGAAGAAAACCUGCCUGUCGACACGGAUGCGCCUCCGCACGAAGCCAUCGUUAAAUCGGUACUAGCAGAUGUGUCUGGUGUGCCAGCCGACAGUAUUAACCCCAGUACUAGCAUCUUCAGUAUUGGGUUGGACUCCUUGACGGCAAUUCGUAUUGCUUCCAUCUGUCGAUCGAAGGGGCUGAAGACGGGUGUAGCCGAUAUUCUCCAAGGCAACACUCUACGUGGAAUCAGUCAACGUAUCCGGCCUAUAGCAGAACAGGCAGUCGAGCCUCAAGGCGCCCUUAUCAAGGACUACGAUCAAGUUGAGAAAAUGGUUCUGCGACAGCUGAAGCUGGAUAAGGAGUCGAUUGAAACAAUUCUUCCAUGUCUCGGCGGUCAGCACUAUCACCUCGUGAGCUGGUUGAAGUCUGGACGGAAACUGUUUGAACCGGCCUGGCCAUACUUCACUGCGGAACGUAUCAAUGCCGAGAUGCUUGAAGAAGCAUGGUAUCAACUUCGCCAAAGGCAUCCAGUGCUACGGACUUGCUUCGCAGCUAUUUCCUCAUCUGAAGCCGUCCAGGUCGUCAUGAAGCAGGCGGUGCGUGACGGCGAAACUUUCAAGGUCAUUGAGUCCUCCGAUUCCAUAACAGAGCUUGCAAAGGCACAGGCAAAGGUGGAAGCUUUAGCGCCUUCUUCGCUCUUUGUUCCUCCUGUAAGACUACGCCUUUUGAAGGCUAGCGACAGAGACGGAAUCCUUGUCCUAGUCAACCACGCUGCAUACGAUGCAUGGACAAUGCCACUGUUCGUUUCAGAGCUUGGAAAACUCUACCGCGGUCAGCCCUUGGACUCGAACCCUGAUUUCCCUUCCUUUGUCGAUUACUCAGUCCGCUCUCUUCAAGAGGUUGACGAGAAAACAUACUGGACCUCAGCCCUCGGCUCAGGUAUGCGCACCGUCAUCAACUCCAAGCAGGAAGCCGGCCAAGUCCCAGAUCAACUAUUCGUCGGAGCUUGGGAAAAGGUCAAGAGCGUAGCCCAACUAGAAAACACAUGCCGCUCUGUCGGCCUGAGCCUCCAAGCCGUGGUCCUUCUGGCUGUUGCCCGCACCCUCGCACGCGCAACGGGAUCAACAAGUCCAACCAUGGGCUUAUACCAAACCGGUCGCUCCGCCUCGUUCCCCAACAUUGAAAAGCUCUCCGGGCCUUGUCUGAACGUCAACCCAUUCAGCAUCUCCGACGUCAUCUCUGACGAGCCAGAGCUCAACCUUCUGGACAAAGCCCGCGCGGUUCAAUCCUCCCUCGCAGAGCGCGUCUCGUUCGAGCAAAGCUCACUGCAGGACGUCCUCCGCUGGGUUGGUGCCGAAAAAUCUGGAUCACCGUUGUUCAACACCUGGGUCAACCUCCUCUGGAUGCAGAGUUCCAUUCCAUCAGCCAAUGAUGCCACACCAGAUGUAGAACUCAAUGACAAUGCCGAGAUUUUCUUGCCCCUUCGUAUUGGUGUUCCCACGGACUUCAUUCCCGAUGAGCCUCUGUCUGGUCUGGAGUCAACCUCCGUGUCUGCGUUGGAUACUUCUCUUCUGCCAGAUGAGAACGUCUACAUUGAUAUCGGUCCUGACCCGAAGACUGAUACCAUCGGAUUUGGUGUUCGUGUCGAAGGUGGUGCUCUUUCCGAGGUAGAAGUCAAUAAACUUGUGUCUGAUAUCGGGGCUGAGAUUGAAGGAAUCGUUGCGUCCUUGCAGUGAUACAAGGCAGCAAAGCAACAUCAAUAUAACUGAGAGACAAAAAAAUGAAUAAAUAAAUAAAAAGGAAAAAACGAAAAAGGAAAAAAGAAAAAGAAAACAGUCAAUGAGGCAGGAUUCCUCUUUCUGAUAAUUU